AGGCGGCUGGUUGUUGUUCCCGCAGCAGAGAGGCGAGAAGAUGGCGGCCGUGUCAAGCGGAGCAGUCGGGUCCGCUGCGGCCGGGAUCACGCAUUCUACCCGGCCGGCCAACGCGAACAUGGGCUCCCAGAACCGAGCACAGCCGUCCUCUGGGAUCAACAACGCCAAUCGAGGAGCCACUCCAGCGGCCGGGUGCGUCACCAAUCCCGGCCACCCUUUGGCCACCAGGCCACCCCCGGCCCGGGUGGGCUACUACGAGAUAGAGCGGACCAUCGGCAAGGGGAAUUUCGCGGUUGUUAAACUAGCCACACACAUCAUUACCAAAGCGAAGGUGGCUAUAAAGAUAGUGGAUAAGACUCAGCUGGACGAUGAGAACCUCAAGAAGAUUUUCAGGGAGGUGCAGAUCAUGAAGAUGUUGAGGCAUCCCCACAUCAUUCGCCUCUACCAGGUGAUGGAGACAGAGAGAAUGAUCUACCUAGUCACAGAGUACGCCAGUGGAGGGGAGAUCUUCGACCACCUGGUGGCCCACGGACGCAUGGCGGAGAAGGACGCCAGGAAGAAGUUCAAGCAGAUCGUUGCGGCGGUGCACUUCUGCCACUGCCGCAAUAUCGUCCACCGAGACCUGAAGGCCGAGAACCUCCUGCUGGACCACAACCUUGACAUCAAGAUAGCAGACUUUGGAUUCAGUAACCUGUUCUCUCGCGGCCAGCUGCUGAAGACCUGGUGUGGCAGCCCCCCCUAUGCUGCUCCAGAACUCUUCGAGGGCAAGGAGUACGACGGGCCCAAAGUGGACAUCUGGAGCCUGGGAGUGGUGCUGUACGUUCUGGUCUGCGGCGCGCUGCCCUUCGACGGCAGCACCCUGCAGAACCUGAGGGCCCGCGUGCUCAGCGGCAAGUUCCGCAUCCCCUUCUUCAUGUCCACAGACUGUGAGUACCUGAUCAGACACAUGCUGGUGCUGGAGCCCAGCCGGCGCCUGUCCAUGGAGCAGAUCAACAAGAACAAGUGGAUGAGGCAGGGAGACCCCGACCCCGAGUUUGACAGGCUCAUAGCGGAGUGCGAGCAGGUGAAGACGGAGAGGGAGACGGAGCUGAUCAACGAGCAGGUGCUGAUCGAGAUGUCUGAGAUGGGGCUGGACCGAGAGCGCACCCUGCAGUCCCUGCAAACGGAUGCGUACGAUCACUACAGCGCCAUCUACAGCCUGCUGGCCGACCGACUCAAGAAGAACAAGACCCUCCGGGUGACCCCGACCACGCCCCGUCCCAUCGGCUACCCCCUCGGCGGCGUGCAGACGGAUCAGCAGGGUAAUCCAGUCAGCAUGACGGUGCCCCAUGUGCAGCUUAUCAACCCGGAGAACCAGAUCGUGGAGACGGACGGCAGCAUGGCGCUGGACAGCGACGAGGGAGAGGAGCCGUCCCCUGAGGCCAUGGCGCGCUAUCUGUCCAUGAGACGGCACACAGUGGGCGUGCCAGACCCCAGGGCGGAAAUGCAGGAUGAGCUCCAGAAGCUGCCGCCAGGCUUCCCCCGAGGGGUGGUUCCCCAGCCGCCCUUCCCCUCACUGACCCCCAAUACGGGCCACAUGCACGCCCUCAUGCCCACACAGAGCCUGCAGCCCACGCAGCAGCUGGAGUACAAGGAGCAGUCACUGCUGCAGCCCCCCACGCUGCAGCUGCUCAACGGCAUGGGGCCGCUGGGCCGGAGGGCCUCCGACGGAGGGGCCAACAUCCAGCUCCACGCACAGCUCCUCAAGAGGCCCCGGGGCCCCUCGCCGCUCGUCACCAGCCCGCACCCCAUCCCCGCCGUAGCCCCUGUGGAUGAGGAGGGUUCGGACGGAGAGCCAGACCAGGACGCAGUGCAAAGGUACCUGGCGAACCGCUCCAAGCGGCACACGACGCACGCGCUCAUGAGCACGGCGCACGGGGAGCCCUCGGCCGAGCCCCAGCGGCCCAUGGGCCCCCGCCAGAGGGUGGUCUGGGCCUCCGACAUACACACCCGGUCCAGCUACAAGGACUGCAACACGCUGCACCUCCCCAUGGAACGCUUCUCCCCCGUCAGGCGCUUCUCGGACGGCGCCGCCACCAUCCAGGCCUUCAAGGCCCACCUGGAGAACAGCAGCCUCAUCCGCCAACUCAAGCAGGAGUGUGAGCAGCUCCAGAAGAUGUAUGCGGGCCCGCAGGACGAGCGUUACCUAGAGCACACCCAGCACCAGCAUGCGCUUUACCAGCAAGAGCAGCAGAUCCUCCACCAGCAGAUCCAGGCUUUGUCGUUAGGUCACGGAGAGAGCCAGCCAAUUCACCUCACCCACCAGCUUCAGAGGUUGCGCAUUCAGCCCCCCUCCAGCCCCCCGCCCUCACAUCCCAGCAACCACCUGUUCAGACAGCCCAAUCAGAGCCCCCCGUCUGGCUCGGCGGCCAUGAUGCAGGGCCACGGGCCGUCCCCAGUGCAGUACCAGCAUGCCACUCCCGCUCUCUACCAGGGCCAGAGUGGCAGCCCCCCGCCCACGGGCCUCAACAGGGUCCCCCUACCCACCAAUCAGCAGGCGGGGUCAGGCCGCGCAGGGGGCCCGCUUCCCCCGGGGGUCUCCCAGCAACAGCAGGUGACCAUCCAGGUCCAGGACGUGGAGCUGGCGGGGGCCCAGAGGCAGGGGGCCUACCUCUCCACGCCCUGCGGCCACCGGGUGCUCGGGAAGCAGCUGAGCGCCGACAACGCCGAGAUGCACAGCCGCAGCCUCGGCCGCUUCUCCACGGGCUACGACCAGGCCCAGUUCAACCCCCACCUCUUCUCCGGGGACGCGGCCUCGCGGGGGGCCUCGGGCGUGGUGGGCUCCUACAGCCCCUACCUGCAGGGCACCCUCAACGUGCCCGGCCUGGAGGGCUACCAGGGCGGCGGGGUCGGGGGUGGCUACGGCAGCCCCUCUGCGCUGCAGCAGGCCCUGCUCUCGCCCACCCCGCUGGACUACCGCCCGCCCCAGCACCACGUCACGCCCACCCUGCAGGGCCUGCUGUCGCCCCGCCACUCCCUGAGCGGGCACACCGACCCCCGGCUGCCCCCCCAGGACCUGGCCGCGCUGCUGAAGCGGCAGAGCCCGCGGCGCGGCUCGGCGUGCGCCUCCAUCUCGUGCGGCCCCGGGCCCCAGGAGUACGAAGAGAUGCUGCUCCGCCAGCUCGGCCAGGGAGAGAGCCUGGAGGCCCCGGCCCAGCAGGCUGCCCCGGGGGGCCCGCACUUCCACCACCUGCUGCAGAUCCGCUCCCCGGAGGUCCAGCAGCAGCAGCAGCAGCAGCCCCCCCAGCAGCAGCCCGGCCUGCCCCACUCUGAGAGCAUGGAGGAGGACGAGGCCGAGGCGCCGGCCAGCUUCUCCCCGGCACGCGAAGGCCUUCUGGCCAAGACGGGGGAGGGCCACGAGCUGCUGGGCCCCCCGCGGGGCGGCACCCCGCCCUACACCUCCCCCACACACAGGCAGGGCUUCAUGAGGAGGGGCUCGACCGCCAGAGAGCCUGAGCCUGAGUGCCGGCCCCAGGGACAGGCCAUGGAGGUGCCCGACCAUAACGGCGUGGGAUACUCCAGAGGACCCCAGGCCGAGACCUACAGGUCCCGCGGGCACCUGCAGCGCCACCACACCAUCCAGACCUGUGACGACGCCUACGACCAGACAGACCCCAUGUCCGGGAUGAGCCUAUUGGCCGGCAAGGCACUGAGCUCCGCCCGCAUGUCGGACAUCCUGAGUCAGACGUCGCUGUCGGGCAGCCAGCAGCUCCACCAGAGGGAGGGUUCUGUGUGUGAUGUGGAAGAGGAGCUCCAUGCGGCGGCCUGCUUCCCCUCCUCCUGUACCAGUGAUCUGCUGAGCUAUAAGCCCCCCGACCUGCAGUACAGUAUGGAGCAGGCAGGGGUCUAGCACAGGGGAGGGUCCAGCGCCAUGUGAAUAGAGGUCCAUAUCAGCCACCCAGAGUUGUGUUGACUUGAGUUGAGCAGCAUCAUGCCAAACCGCUAUCGUCUGCCCAGAGGGGGCGCUCUCCGUCGGUCCGUCUUGUCUGUCUUUGUCCCCCACCCCACCUCUCUCUCCUGCAGUCGGCUCAAGGGGAGGAGAGCUGGGGUCGGCCCGGGCUGGGCCAGUCAGGGUUCGGUUUGUUUUUUGUUUACUUAGUAUUUUUUGGGGGGGGUGGGGGCGGGAAAAGCUGGGUCAGGUUUUAGGGUUCAACGGUCUCGGGGCCAGCCUCUUCUCCUGGCAGGUGGUUAGCCGUUCUGUUUAGCUCCUACAUUUCACACCGCCGCCAGACGUAGAUCCAUCGGGCGUGCCCCCCCCAACCCCAACCCAACCAACCGGCCAUCGCCCCCUUACCUGCCGAUAGCCGUCUGCCUGACUGUAACGCCCACAGCCUCCCCCCCCCGCACACACACCCCCUCUGCACGCUCGCUUGACAUCAUGGCACACCUUGACGGCCCAAGGCCUCCCGCCGCGCCGACCAGGCCGAAACACGUUCAACAAUAGACAGAGAAACGCCGCAGUCACCCCACUAGACGAGCAGGGGAGCCGGCCGGCGGUACCUCAAGACGGCCCAAAGUAUUCAGUCGGCCUGUGCGGGGGCGUAGCGUGUUGUGGCGGGAAGAACCGUGGGGAAAGGUAACCAGGGUCUCUGGGAGGUUCUGUCUUAUGCCUACACCACCCCCCCCCCCCCCCCCCCCCCGGCUACAGUGGACCAUUCCAGAGCAGACUGCAUAGCCGGCGAGAGCCUGCCUCGGAGUGGAAUGCCCCACUCCACUGCGCAGGGUGGGGGGCGUAGUUGGUUUUGUUGGUUGAUCUGAGGGAGGAGCUGUGUAGAUGGGGGAGGGGGGGGGGGGUACAGCCAUCUCCUAACGUUGAGUUCAGUGACAUCGCACAGGACAAACCAGCGCUCUCAUCAGAUAUUUUUUUUGUGUUUUGUCUUUUUGUUUAUUUUUUUAUUUUUAAUGUUCAUUUUUAUGGCUAUGCCCAUGUAGACAAUAUGGUCAUCUAUUGUUACUCUUAUCUUAUUACUGUUUUCUGUAAAACAAAUUUUAUUGUUAUUAUAAUGAAUAUUAUUAUUAUUAUUAUCAUUAUUAUUAUUAAAGGAAAAAAACAGUUCUGUGUUGCAAGCAAGACAACAUCAUUUUUUUCUUUGACUUGUAUAAUUCUGCACUUUUGGUUCAAGCGAUCAUCAAUCGCUCCCUUUUUCAAACCUUUUCCCACUCCUGCCUCCCCACUCCCUCUCUCCUUGGCAUUCCUCUCCAUUCCAUCCCUGUUUUCUACCCCCCACACGCCCUUCAACCCUGUCCCCCCUUACCACAUGUCAUGUGACAUUGUAUUGCAUUGUGGGUAGUUUGACCAGACAUUUGCCUUUUUCCUUGUACAGUGAUGCCAUGUAUAGAACGCUAUUGCAAUUUCUGUAUCAAAUCCUUUCUUUAUUGUAUCUUUUUUUCUUCAGACGUUGAUGAAGGGGCUUUUGUAUUGGUAUUGUUUAAUUUUUUGGUCGUUUUUUUGCUUUUUUUCUUAAUAUUGAGAUUUCUAGCCAAAACGGGACAGAGAGAAGAGGAGACCGCGCUCUCUCUCUUGGUCUUCAAUAAACCAUCGCUCCCAUUUGUUUUAAUAUUAUAUCGAGACACUUGAAUAAGAGGAGAGUCAUUUUUUUGUGUUGCUUACUUUUAAAAGGAUCAUUUCAACCAUC